GAAGGGCGGGGGCGCGCGGCGCAUGCGCAGUGCGAGCCGCGGGGCUGCAGCGGCUGGAGCGGCGGUCGGGGUUCGCGGAAGGGGGGGCGGCGCUCGGCAGCAUGGCGGACGACCUGGACUUUGAGACCGGCGACGCGGGCGCCUCGGCCACGUUCCCCAUGCAGUGCUCGGCGCUGCGGAAGAACGGCUUCGUGGUGCUCAAAGGACGCCCAUGUAAGAUCGUCGAGAUGUCCACCUCCAAGACCGGCAAGCACGGCCACGCCAAGGUUCACCUGGUUGGCAUCGACAUCUUCACGGGCAAGAAAUACGAGGACAUCUGCCCCUCCACCCACAACAUGGACGUGCCCAACAUCAAGAGAUGCGACUUCCAGCUGAUCGGCAUCCAGGACGGCUUCCUGUCGCUGCUGCAGGACAGCGGGGAAGUGAGGGAGGAUCUGAGGCUGCCAGAGGGAGAAUUGGGCCGGGAGAUAGAGCAGAAAUACGACUGCGGGGAGGAGAUCCUGAUCACGGUGCUGUCGGCGAUGACUGAGGAGGCGGCUGUCGCCAUCAAAGCCAUGGCCAAGUGAUGGCUGCAGGUCAGUGGGGCAGGGAUCUGUGGGGCAGGGGGGGUCUAUGGGUCCCUAUGGGU